AUGAGAACACACUCCCACGCACUGUUGUUCAUCGUGCCAACUGAGUUCAGUUGUUCCCGAGUAGCUCCGCCCCGGUUCGACUGCAGCGUCGGUCAUUCUGGAACUUUUCCCGGGCUCUCAGCUUCAUCGGCUUUUUUAAAAUUUUGUUUGAUCUUAGUGAUCACAGUCCUACUGUAUCCAACCAUGGGCUUCUAGAGUUUUUCUCAGAGGCCAGUUCUUUCUAGAAGUUUUUGAAAUUGUAUGCAAUUUUUGAAUCGGAAAGGCUAGUUUUCACUAGGGAUCAUUUACUAAGUCAUGCUCAAAAAGCUGAUGGAACUUUCCAGUUUGAACUCUUUUUUAACUUUGAUUAUUUCCGGGAGCGAUUUAAAAGCUAUGAAAAUUCAAUUUCACUGAUCCUAGAGACUUUUUUGGAAUUAAAAAAAAUCGCACCAUUAUUUCUUUACCAGGUGGUCGCGAAAUCUACUGGUCUGAUAAUGUUCUAUACAAUAUUAGAUGAAAAAUUUGUAUUAGGAUAAAUUUCCUCUAGUUUUAAAACAAAAAAACUCGUUAAUUGAAAAAAAUCACUUUUUUUUUCAGAAAAACUUGGUGAGUUCGUUCCAAAGAUUAUUCGAAUUCUGGUUUUUUUAUCUGUUUCUUUUCCUAGAACCACUCCGCCCAGUUUGAUUUAAAGGUCGUUUGAAAUUAGCCGACUCUUGAUUCUGGUUUUUGACCAUCCAAACUUUGUUGAUUGGAAAUCUAUUGACUGUCAAAAUCUUCGAAGAAUAUUUUUUUCACAAAAAAUCAAUUUUAAAUAAAAGAAAAAUCGACAUAAAUUUUAAAAUCAAAAAUUGGAGAAAAAGUUAUGCUUUUUUUCGAUACUUUAUUCUAAAUUUGGUCCUCGACAUCCUCAUUUUCAUCCAGACCUUUUUGAGUCACCCAUUUUCGCGUUUUCAGAACGUUUUCCUUCUUUCGGGACUCCCUAGGGAGACCAAUUCGCAUAUUAACUAAAUAAGGCCUAUUCCGAGGCCUAAGGUUCCCCACAAAUUUCGUUUUUCGUUGCGUUUUUACGACCUCUUGCCUUAAAAAACGUUUUUUUCUGUUUUAGGAGCACUAAUUUCGAUAAUUAAUAAAAACACAAUGAGCAGUUGUAUUGUUUAAUUUAGCUUUAAAAUUCCUGGAAAAAAUUUUUUGAACAUGAUCAGAAAGUGUCAAAUUUUUAAAAAGGCAAAAAAAAGUAGAUGGGAAGGUUUUCGAUCAGUACUGUGUGAUCAAAAGAGAGAAAUAAUCGUUUUUGGCGCCAAUCCAAAACGGUUCGAACAAUCCUUUUGCAAACAGUUAUCACGGGGCCUCCGUGCGGAUCACUAAUCACUCCGUUUGCUCUUUUCUUUUCUUUUUUCCGUCUCUCAGACGGAUCGGACCGCCUCCUCUGUUUCUCACUCUUUCACUUUUUGACCCCGCUGGUCGCUCGAUCAGUUCUAAAGAUAAGAAGAUAGUUCUGCUAGAUUUGAGUUCAAAUCAAUGAAUAAAGCACUUCCUUGUUAAAAAAAUCAGAAAUAUUUUUUUCUGACCUCCUUUGAGCUUCUAAUCAAAACUCUCUCUCAGAAAAAGUCUUUCCAUUUUGCUUUUUCAAAUUUUUUUCUAACUUCUGGUACCUUUUUUUCGUUUGACAAAUUAGUAAUUAUUCGAUUUAUUAUACUCACUAUAUUAAAUAAAAAAAGAUCAAUUUUUCAUUAAUCGCUAAAAUUUUGUAGCGAAAUUUGUAGCUUUCGGUUCCAUAAAAUGGAACUAAACCUUCAAAAAUCCAUAUGAAAUAUGUCUCCUAAUGUUCUAAAAAGAUAAGAGACUAGGCGAGCUUAACUCUCCACCUGAAAGCUCGACAUGCUCAGCUCAGCUGGUAGAACUUUCGUCUGAUGAUAAUAGGGUCCAUGGUUCGACUCCUCUCCUCGUUCGGUUCUCAUUUUUGUCGUUUUACGAACCAUUUUUUUUUUCUUCUUGAUUUUCUACACUAUCGUUUAUAUUUCUAUUUUUCAAUAAUUUUCAAAGCACUGAAUAUUUUCUUUUCAGAAUCCGCCAAAGAUGUGCUUCCCGACCGAGCCUCCUGCAAAAAACGACACGUACGUUUUUCUUCGAACUUUUUUUAUGAUCGUUACUCCGUCCAUUAUUUAAAAAUUGCCUUUGAAACCCGACAAAAAGGCGAUUAAAUGAUCAUUUUUUUUUGGGUUUCCCGGAAGUCCUUAGUGCACAAUGGGCCUUGUCGUAGAAAUUGGCGGCGAUUGAAACAGCGCAGAAAAAGUGUUGCUCAUGUUAGAGGGAAAGAGGGAGAGAAUUUGAGAGUUGGAGGAAUAGAGAGGCAGAAUAGUUUUUAAGGAAAUUCUGUCCUUGAUGAGCUUUAACAAAAAAAAAAUAGGAACCAUCAGAAUAAUUGCUUUUGAGUGAGCACUGAAGGGUUUUUUUUAACGAAUUUUAAUUAGUUUUUAAAAAAUCGCAGAUAAUUAGUUUCAAGAUUAUUUCUCGUUAAUAUCUGCCUUAAAAAAUCCAAAAUUAAAACUUUUUUUUGCAAGUCAAAAAAAGUAUUGAACUUUAAUUGUUUUACAUUCAAUUAUUAAAGUUGAAGGAAAAAACGUAAAUUUUCCGAUUUUGAGAUUCUAUUUCGGCUCUGCAUUAUUUCGUUUUUUGAUUUUGUUGCUUCUUAUAGAGAUUACUGUUGCACAGGAAGUUCUUAUUUUCUUGAGAAAUAUUCUAGUUCGAUAAGCUAAACAUCUUUUUUUUAAAAAUCUAAUCGAAUUUUUAAAAUUUUUGUUUCCGGUUCGAGGGGAUAUUCGAUCUUUCUCUUUCGAUAAAUUCCAUGUAUCCGAGGGAAAAUAUUCAAAUAUUCAAAUUUCCUUUUGGUCAGAUAUGGUAUCGGAAGAAUUUAGUUGAAUGAUAGGGGUGUAAAGAAACGAAGAAACCCUUUUUCAAUAUAUUUUGUUGACCAGUGGGUUUGAAUUGAUGCUACCCGCCAAAAAGCCGCUUCGCGUACGCAACGCGUCACCCUUGCCAACCUCGUCUUCAAGUUGUAGAGAAUUGGACUAUAUAUCCCUUCGACAUCCUUCCACUUAUCCGUUAUAUCACACGAAAAGGUCUUUUGGCGCCUCGCCAACUGAUAACAAAUCGAACAACACGGCGACGGCCGAUCGGAUUCACAAACAGACAAACUCGCGUCGCGCGGCCAAUCCUUCCUUCCUUCUGUUCUGUCUGUUUUGUGUCUUUCAUUUUGUUCCGCGGGGUUCUGUUUUCAUCGAUUUUUUUUAUUAGUUUUGCUUGGACUGGGCUAAGGUUCCCUUAGAAGUCAUGAUUUCAAAAAAGUAGAUUAAAUGAACUUGCCAAAGUUUUCAAAAACAUAGAAGAAUGAAACAACUCGAAAAAUAAUGGGAAAACUGCCCUUUUCAUUGAUUAAAGCUCUUUAAAACAGUUAGAAACACAUUCCUGAGGAUUCUGCAGCUUCAAUCAAAUUAGGAAAAAUUUUCUUUGCUUUUACACCAAUAACGAGUUUUCCCAUCAAAAAUGUCUGGAGGGAAAGAAUCAAAGUUGAGAAAUUAACAAACUUUUUGCGGUUUGCAUAUUCAAAACUUCCUUGGACCAUUUUCAUCGAUCUCAACACGCUUUGAAGCUUUUCCUCCUACUUUCUACCUUCUUCAAUCAAAUAAUUUUUUUGUUUCGAAGCAAAGAGUUCAAAAAGUCACAGACUUUGCUCUUGUGGCUUGGCGCCCUUUAAAUCGUCUUUUUUUCGUCUUUCUUCUUGUUUUUUGCUCUGUCUGAUUCACACGGCAAAUUGAACGGCGCCGACCGCGCGGAGACAAAAAAAACGGCCGAAAGUUUUUUGAAUUUUUUCGUUCUGUGCUUUUUUGACUACACACACAUGUUGAGAUGGAGGUUAUUUAUUGGAAAUACUUUAGAAAUCUUAAAAUUUAUUUUUUUAGCGGGAAUUUUUUUCAUCCUUUUUGAUUUUUAGUAGUUCAGUAGUCAUCCUAGCUUUAUAACGAUAAAAGUUUCAAUAUAAAAAGUCAAAAAUCGUACUGAUUUCUCAAGAAUUACUAAAACAAUGAACUUAAGAAUUUUCAUUUUUUUUUUGCCUUUUUUAAGCUUGAAAUGAACAUGCCCUUUUUCUUGCCUAGAAAAGGAAAAAAAAAGUUCUUUUUGUCCGACCUGGCCAUCGCCCGCGGCGAUUUUUGCAUAUGAACAGCGCCCGUUUCGCCCAUAUCUUCUCUUUUUCUUCUUUUUCUGCACUUUUUUCGUUUUCCAGCGGAUCAGAGAGCCUGUUUGUGGUGGCCUAUCACUUGAUUCGCUUAUCAACUUUCCUUGCCACUUUUGCUUUUCGCCACCUUAUUUGCCAUCGCCAUUUUCGCUUCAGCUUCUUCAAGUUCCUCUUCUAUGAAUCUGUUAUUCUUCUUUUUUUGUUGUAAUUUGAAAAGUAUGACGAUAUGUUAGAAUAGAAAAAAAUUAUUUUUUUCACUGAAAACAAAGAAAAAAAUCACCAAAGUUCUAAUUUUUUUGAACAAAAAAACUAUUUAUGAGAAAAAAAUUAAUUUUUAAAUUAAUUUUUUUGUUUCUUCUGAAACUUUCACUAAACUUGUUCUCUGAAACGCUUCGAACUCAUUUUUUUGAUAAUUCCAUCCCCCCCCUUUCAUUUGAUGUUUUGAAAAAAAUUCUUUCACGAGCUGACGUAAUUGCGGUUCUUUGAGAGAAAUGAAGGGAAAUUCCUGACACAUGGACCUUCCGCUUUCGUUUUUCGAAAGAUUGUCCCAACAAAAUGUUGGUCUUUUGCAUUGUGGUUCGGAAUCGUAAAGGGGUAAAAAUAGUAGGGAAAUGGUGAUAAAAUGGGGCAAUGAACUUUUCGCAACAUUUUCUCUUUUAAAUUUUUGAGAAAAAAAAAUUAAUCGAAAUUUGUUUUGAAAAACUGGAGGAGAGAAGAAAGUAUUGGUGGAUUGAAAUUUUCCAGUUUAAAUUCCAAAGAACAUCUAAUUUUAAAUUAAUCCAUGAAAAUUUGCAUCAAACUUCAGUUCGAAAGCUUGAACGUUUCGAGUUCUUUCAUUUCUUUUUCCAGUUCGGUUUUUUUCUUGAAAUUGAAAAACAAAAGAAUAACUGAAAUUUAAACGUUUAUAAAUAAUUUUUUUAUGGGAACUAGUAAAAUUGAGAAUUUUUUUCGUUCUAAGUCUCGUUUUUGAUUACCAUCGUUCAUAUCGAUUCAAAUAAUUGAAAAAAAUUGGAUUGUGGGAAUUUCAAAAGGUUUUUUAAAAAAAUCGGAAAUGGUUAGAUUUAAAAAGUUCAGUUAGGUUUUGAAAUCGCAGUCAAUACUAACAAUAUUUAUUAACAAAUCUUUGAUAAAUUUUUUUUUCCAUUAAUAUUUGUACAAGUUCUAUGUAAUUUUACAUUUAUGUAGACAUUCGAGCUUUUCGCAAUUAUUUCUCCAACACUAAAGGCCUUUACCGCACAUGAUAUGAUUUAAAGACGCGCCAGAGUCUGGCGGCCAGACCCAAACCGACUUGCGCGCGGUGGCAUGACAGUGAAACAAGCUGCUUGACUUCGAGUCUGAUUUGAACUAGUUUUGAACGUGAUCUUUGAGUCAUUCCGCGUGCGAUCAUGGCAUUCCAAGUCGGGAGUAAACUCAAGAAAAAAGAUAUUAAAUAAAGGAAUCGUUCUCUGAAUCUUCCUAACGUUUCAAAGACCUCAACUUCUGAACCAACGAAUCCAAUUGGCUUUGAACUUUUCAUUCUCGAGCUCACGAGUCCGACCUUUAGCCCUCGGGAACGAAGUCAUUUGAGCGGCUCUGCAGAGAAAAAAGAACAAUUGAAUCUGUCGCCUUUUUUUCACUAGAGAAAUUGACGCCGUCGACAUCUCCAAUUUCAGAAGAGCAUUCUUCGAAGAGAGAAAUGUUUUCGUGGUUCCUCCAGAAAUUAUUAUUCCUCUCUCAACGGUCUUUCUGGUUUUCCUGUUUUCAAAACAGAGAUUUUCCAGUUUAUGUUGUGGAGGUCUCAGCUGGUGUGUUUAUGAAUGAGCCACUUUUUUUUUCGAAAUUGAGUUGCAAGUGAGGAAGUUCCGUUUCCUGUUUCUGGCAGGAUUUUUGUCCAGAAAAAUUCUAUUUUUCUGCUUUCACAGUAGAUUUUUCACUGCAAAAUUCCCUUUUUUUAUUCUAGUUUUUCAAAAGUUAGUGCCUUUUUCAAGGUCCUCAACUUGAUAGGAAUGGUUUUGAAAAAACAUAUUUAUGGACGUUAAAAUGUAUAGGAUGUUGAAGUUGCAGUCCAUAAUAAGUGUCACGGCCUCAUUUUUUUUCAAAAAAAUAUUGUUUAGAAAAAAAUGUUGAGCUUCAUGGUUGAGAGCUGAUGCCGAAAAAAAUUUUUUUGAAUUUCGGUCUGAUCCUUUUUUUUCAAUUUUUUUCCAACUUUAAAGUAUUUUUUUCAGAUUUUUUUCAAAAAUUGCUCUGCAGAGAUUGUAAAAAAAGAAAAACUAGAAUUUUUCACUUUCUUCCAAAAAUUUUUUUCAUUAAAUUUUUUUCAUCUUCUUCAUUCUUAAAUUUUCUAGUCACGACUUUGCAAAACUCUAGUCUUCCAACUUUUUUUGCUGACCAAUUUUUUUCCUUCUGAGAGUAUUGAAAUGUGACCAACACGCGAACGCUUCAAUAUGCAUGUAAUUUGAGGCGUUUCCAAAUAACAUGAUUUUUUUUUUCUCGUUUUUUGCAAGAAGUCGAGUUUCUGUAUAGUUUCGUCAAGUUGAUUUUACAAUAUUUUCGAAGCUUUUUUCAUAAAUAAGAGCCUAAUUUUGUUUUCUAAUAAAUAAUUUUCGAAAAUGAAGAUUCAUCUUCAAUUCAAUUCAUUGUUCAAUGUUGCUCAUCCUAGAAAAAAAUAAUUUUCUAGGAUGAGCAAUAAAUUUGAAAAAGGGCAGAAGCUUCUGGUACCUUUUUUGAACAAUUUUCUUUUUAUUUGCGAAAAAAUUUUUCAUUCUUUAAAUUCUUUAAACCGUUUUUCUUUACCUUCUUUCAUCUUUCAGUCAGAGUUUUUUUAUUUUUUUAAAAAACAAUUUUUUUCAAAAAAACAUUAAAAACUCCUCAAAGAAUGUCAAAAUUCAAGUGACAUCCAUGGAAUUUGAUGUUUCCAUUGGCGGGGAGAAGCUCCCGCCGUCGUUUAACGGAAAGAAAAGGCCUUGGUGAAUUGAAUCAUCAAAUUCUAUGGUUGGAAUUCCGGAAACAAGGGGAAAACGAAGAGAAAAUGACAAAACUAACACGACGAGGCGUCCUCCCAGGACCAAAAAGAAAAGUAUUUAUUCCGGCCGCCGCCGUUGCCACAAUUGUUUUAAAAUCAAAAGGCGUCGGCCGCUUCUUCUUUUUCUUCUUUUCCGUUUUGAUUUCCCAUGUCCUUUUUUCUCAAAUUCCUUAUAAGAAGCAAAGUUGAACCUUGGAUAGAAGUUUGAAAAAAAUAAUAAAAUUAUGUCAUUGAGGUUUCCAAAUGUUUUAUUAAAGAAAUUCAAAUGAAGCGAUCGCAAAAGGUUUUUUUCAAUCCAGAUAAAAAAAUUUUGAAAGCCCGUCUAGUUUUUUUUAAAUCAAAUAUCUGUUGCUCCAGUUAUCUCAUUUUUUUCCUUUCAAGUUCGUUUUUUUGUUUAUUAUUCAACACUUUUCACCGUUCGAUUUAAAGAAAAAAAGAUUCAAAAAUUCGGAUUUUUUUCCAAAAAGACCUUUUUUUAACAAUCUCAUUUUUUUAUUUUUUUCAUUGAUUGUAUGAAAUUUUUUUUAAAAUCUAUCUCUAAAUCAUUUUUGCUGUUUCGUUAAUUAUUCAUAUUUCCUUCCAAGUUAUUACUUGGUUUUACUGUUCAACUAACUACUUUUCGAUUGUCUGUUUCUAAUGCUGUGGGAUUGGAUCAGGGAAAUACGAUUCAAAAAUAUGUCGUAAAAAAAGAAAAAAGAGAAACAUCGAUUUUUUUAUACAUUCGUUUUCAUUAUAAGCCCUUAUUUUUUUCUCUGUUUUGCAAAAAUAUCAUGAGAAAUAAAUAGCUCUAGGGUUUCAAGUGUACCUGAUUUUUUUGACAGCUUUUUAUGGAUUGAAAUGAACUUGAUAUUCAUUCUGAAAGAUUUUUCAAAAUUUUAAGAAACAUUUUCUUUUCGUUUAAUAGUAUAGUUUGAUAUUUUAUUACAAUAAUACCAUAGCAUUGUACGAAAAAAGGAUGUAAUAAUUUAUUUUAUCUUCUUCUUUGAGUUUCGUUUUUUUUUUCAAAUUUUGCGUAUUUUGAGCGGUUUCGAGUGGAAAAAAAAACGAUUUUUUUUCAUGCCAAUCAAUAAACUUUUGAACAUUUUCUAAUUCAGCCUUGGGUAUCAUGUUUUUCUGGGGAAGUAUAAGUUGGAAACUGCAAGUUUUUAUUCAAAACCAGUUUUUUCCCCAAUGCAUUCGGUAGACAUGUAGCAAAUUCAUCAUAACUUGUCUUUUAGUUUUUCUUAAAAAUAUUUCUUGCAGCGGUGACAUGGGCUUCGACGCGGCGAUGCUGAAGAACGUCCUGGAGCAAUUCGUCGACGAGAUCGCCGAGGAGUCGUCGGAUCUGAUCGCCGACCGGCCCCGGUUUGCGCACGCCGUCGUCGUUCUCACGGAUGACGAGGGAGAACUCUGCCAGGUAUUUUUUUCGUUAGUUUUGUGGCUCGGAAAUGAGAUUCUUUUUUGUCUCGAAAAUGGUAGAGAAGGGAAAUAACUAUCCUUGAAGGCUAUUUAUUGAACUCCCUCUGUUAAAAAAAACCACAAACAAACUUUUUUUUCCCAAUCUUUCAUUUUGUUAUUUUUGGCGUAAACGCUACAAUUUCCAUUCGAAAAGAAGUUUCAAAAAUAUAAACAAAGCAAAAAUAAACUUUGAUUCCAUUGGAGCAUCGUAUUGAGUUACGAUGUUUUUAUGACGCGAAUCAUCGAAAAAUUGGCCGUUUUUCCAGGCUUCCUGCAUCCGACAACUCGACGUCAUCGUCCACGAAACGACCAACGCGUUUGUGUUCGUUUUUUUGAAUAUUUUAAGUCGAAUCGGUGUUUUUUUUUGCGUAAGAUGUGCUGAAAAGGAAAGUUAUGAGUGCAAAAAUUGAGCAAGGGUCCUGUUUUGUCAUUAUUAAAAACAUAUGAUUGAAAAAGUUCGGCCGAAGUCACACGGAAAGUUUUUUAACAGGUCACUAAGUAGGUCAAUUUUUUUAAUAUAAAAAGAUCAAAAUAUCGAAUCAAAAUUAUUAACAAUGUCUGAAGCAAAAAGAAACUGUAGGAGAGCCUCGAAAAAAUAUUCUGAUGAAAAAUUCAAAAAAAUACAUCAAUUUUCAGUUUGAAUUCAUAUUUGAUCAAUCAGUUUUUCAUUCCAAAAAACAACUUUUCAAUUUUUUUUUUUCUAAAUCCUCUUUCAAUUUUGAGCUCACCAUCAGUUGACGGUUUUUUAACUUCUUCCUCGAGCAAAAAAAAACUACAGUAGGCUACAAUAACUUUUCAUUCGAAAAAAAUCCUCUGGUUGUCUAAAAGCUUCUUCAGAACUUUUUUUUUGAAUUGAUCACUUUAGGGACUCGGAAUGGGAAGACGAGGAGAUCCAGCGAGCCCUCCGAUCUCUCAGCGAAUCUCGAGAGCUUCUCGGCACGCCACGACAAAGUCUUUUCGUCGACGACAACGCCAAUCCGUCGGUGACGUCAUCUGUGAAGGAGGUGACGACGUCUGUCUCCACCAGUCGGGCCACCAGAAUCGAACGCAACUUUGAUGUGGGUUUCCAGGAGUUUUUGAAAAAUGUACCUCAAAGGCGUAGGGAUAGUAAAAAAAAUCACCUUUAAAAAAUUGACUUCUUAUGAUAGGCUUUUUUUUUUUGAAUAGCGCUGCACCUUUUCCUGAUGUCAUUUGAAAUGAAGUGGAAGAAAAUUUUCAGAAGUUUUGGAAAAAAAAAGCAAACCUGAAGAAGUUCUUGGUUUGUCUAUAAAAAAAUCGUUGGUAAAAAAAUGUUUUUGGUGAAUUAUGUAAAGUAUGUCAUCUCCAUUACCGAAAAAAAAACGAGAACAAUUUUAAAAGCCGGUUGAAAGAGGGAAAUGAAGUAAUUUCAAGUCGUUUUUCACAAUUGGACCUGAAAAAGCACAAAAAAAAAAUUAACUCUGAUUACAUUUGAAAAAACUUUUUUUUUAAACUACACGCGAUUCAAAAAUCGUCUCUAGUUUCCAGUUUCAAGUGAAAAAAAAACUUUCCAUCAUUUUUAGUAUUAAUUUCAGACUUUUUAAGCUAGAAAAAUGUCCAAAUUUACAUUGAUAAGGGGGAAAAAAGUCGGGAAUGCGAUUGUCCAUGGAGCAAAAUUGCGGCGUAAUCUGGUUUUCCAAACCGACCGACUUUUCCAGCAUGCCUUUCCGAUUAAAACGUACUUUUUAAUGUUAUUUUUUCCUUGCCUGUGAAUAAAUAUAUAUGAAAAACUUUUCAGUUUCCAUCAAUGUCGCGAGUUCGAACGACGCCCUCGCACAACUGA